AUGUCUUAUGACUACAAGGCGGCAGCCGCAGUACCAGGAAUCGCCUCUGAAGAAUCGCCAUGCGCAACAAUCCCAGUCAAACAGCCGACCGUGUCCACGCGCAGGAGGCUGCAGAAUCGGAUCGCACAACGCAAAUAUAGAGAAAAGAAGGCUUCGAGCAAGCAGACGUUCGAAGAAAGUUCACCAGACGAGCCGUGGACUCCACAGUGGAACAUAGUUGAUGGUCGCCUGUGCAUUGUGGGCAAUCAAGAGUUUGCUGAAGAAUCAGAAUGGUUCUUGAGCAACCGGGACAUGUUGCAACUCGGUCUGAGCGGAGUGACACAUCAAGACUCCUCUAGCAUGACAGACUCCGGAGGGGCUUAUGCCGAUCUGGCUGCACAACUGGGGCACGAAGCCUAUGCUCAGCAUGUACCCGUCAUCUCUUCAGAAAUGCCAUCGGCGACGACGCAAUGUCAUGUUUCAACACCUGCAUAUAUGAGCGAAGGUGCAAGUAGACAAUUGCUUGCUCAACCUACCAAUGCAACCCCCAACCCAUCAGAAAUUUCUCGUACUCCCUUCUCAGUGGUGGAUCACCCAUCUCUCACAGAGGACGGGACCGAGGGGUCCAGACAACGAGAAGAACGCGAAAUGACGAUGCAGCUCCAACAUACGACCUUUUCCCCACAAGACGGCUACUCAAGUGUAACGAGGUCAGGUCUAGCGAAUAACCAUUCACUUGAACCAGUCGCGGCAGUAUCACCCAUACUGCACCUGGCAGUGCAGUCGCGCAACCGCGGUAUCUUGUCUUUACUUCUGAAACAUGCCGACGUGGCCGUGGACGAGCGUGAUAAGGACGGAUAUACGGCUCUCCACAUCGCCGUUAAACUAGGAGAUGAAGCCUUGGUAUCCCUAUUACUUCGACAUAGUGCCAGUGCUCACAUAUGCGACUUGCGCGGCCAAAACGCAUUGUAUCUCGCUGUUUCUGGGGGGCACGAAAACAUUGUAAAGUUGCUUCUUGAGGGGGCCGAGCAGCAUCGCGCGGUGUGUUGUAGGGAACCUCACUGA